GCACUUACCAUAGCACUAAACGCUUAUGAUUCCAUCAAAGUCGGACGAAACUGAGGAUGGCCCAGACGACGAAGACCAUGAGGGUUGCCUAUCACAACGUGUAAAUGUGACCAGUUAAGAGUAUAGUCUUUGAAUUAGAUCUCUGGUGAACACACACAACGUUGAGCACGAAGUUUAAGUCAUGGAAACACGCCGAUAUAUGUGGCUAUUAACAACUUUUAUGACCUCUAUGUUUUCUAUACAUGGCAUCUCUCAAGCUCUUCCUGAAAACUACAACCCAUCUUGUCCACAACCUUGCAUUUGUGGCUUAAGAAGAUCGAAUUAUUUUCAACGAGAUAUGAAGACUCUGGAUUGUUCGUUCUCGGGUCUGACUGAUUUCCCGCCCUUGCCUUCAUCAGAUGUAGAAGUCAUGAAUGCAAAGGGUAACACAAUAGCAAAUGUAGACAGAAGCAUUGCCAAGCUGACACAACUGAAAGAAUUGGACCUCUCUGGUAAUCAAAUCAAGUCUAUCGGAAGAGGGAAAAUGUUCCGUAACCUCACUAAUUUAAUAUACUUCAAUGUUGGCAAGAAUGAAAUAUCAACUAUAUUUCACGACACUUUCCUUGGCCCAAUUAACAUAAAGCAAUUGGUGUUAUCAAACAAUAAUAUAAACUACAUUGAAGACGAAGCUUUUACUGAUCUCAAGAAACUAGAGAUUUUGGAUUUAGAGCAAAACUUGCUGGGCUCCUUGUACGAGGAAUGGUUCACAGGCCUCAGCAAACUCCUCUCCCUAAACCUGGCCCAUAACCGCGUUCACAACGUUCCAGCGAGCGUAUUCCGUCCUCUGCAAAACCUGCGCAGUCUCUUCUUGGCUGGAAACAGAAUCUCUUCCAUCGAUCCGCGAGCUUUUUCAGGUCUCACGAAGUUGCAGGAACUGACACUGAACGACAACCUCCUCUCGCGGGUGCCCACAGCCGCACUCCAGAGCAUGCCACAGCUCGACUCCGUGGUUUUCGACCACAAUCCUGUGCCUAAAAUUAAACCACUCGAUUUUUCACAUCUCAGUGUGUCGAAAAUUAGUAUUUGCCAAAUGCCGGAGCUCGUCAUAAUCGAUGCAAAGGCUUUUUAUACUCUAAGAAAUCUUACUAAUUUACUGAUAAAGAAUAAUAAGCGGUUAUCAUACGUAGACCCUUUAGCUUUCAUAAAUGUUAACAACUUAAGAGAACUUAAUCUCGCUUACAAUAAUCUACAGGGAAUUCAAAGAGAAAUGGCUGAUUUUUUGCCUGACGGGGUCAGAAUUCACUUAUACGGAAACCCACUGAACUGCAAUUGCAAUUCUAGAUGGUUACGAAUAAUUUUAAAUCCAAAUUUGAACUCUACUCUUCACUUAGAGGAACCAGAACACCUCGUGUGUAAUAGUCCCGCCAAUUUUAACCACAAGUUACUCAAAGAUAUUGACUUGGUCAAGUUACCCAAGAAAUGCACCCCUAUCAUCCUCAACUUGACGCAAAAGAGCGAACUUGUUGGUAAAGUCGGCGAGAAAGAAAUUCUUGAAUGCCGCGCUAUGGGAUCACCUCCCCCUAAGCUUCACUGGUCGUUACCGGAUGGCUCGAACAUAAACUCUACUUUGAACGAAGUUCGGAGACGAUAUUUUCCUCCAGGAACUUUAGUUUACUAUCACCUGCAGCCAACAGACGCUGGCCUCUUCCGGUGCAUAGCUGAGAACUCGGCGGGGCGGGACACGGCUAUCAUCAAAUUGACCGUUACAGGAAUCGAUAUUCAUUUGUUCCCGAUAGCAGUAAGCUCCACUUUCGUUACACUCGUUUGGAAUGGCACUGAGCGACGAGCGUUUCCCCAAUACAAGAUUGUCUACGGCAUUGAUGACGGCAAAAAUGGCACCAUACCAGAAGAAACACAGUUUGCCAUGGCAAGUCAAUCGAGAAAAACUUAUACUAUCAGUAGAUUAAGACCUGACACCAAGUAUAGAUUUUGUAUCGGCUACGAAGACGCAUCGGGAUAUUGGCUGCAAAUAUCGUGUUGCCUAACAAUUACGCAAGACGCCAAGUUCAUGUUGCAAGGAAUUUCUCGACCCAAUAACGUAGCAGCUGUGGCAAUUGGUCUCGUGUUGCUGCUGGCUCUAGUUCUGUGUCUGGCUUCACUGGCAUCCAGGCGAUAUAGGCAGAGAUUUUACGAAAACACCGACAAAACAAAUACGAACAUCGGGGAUGACUCUACCCCCAAUGCCAGCACAUCGACAGCCGUUUCGAGCAGUGGUACGAUCGCUUUAGACAAUCUAUACAGACCGCUGCUGCAUUCGUCGUGACGGUCGGCUAACGGUUCCGUGGACGCUCGACCGGUCUUGUUUCUGGGGAGGCCGAUUUGCUGCUCGCCACCCGGCUCUCCCGCGACUCUGGGCCGCCAUAAUGCCGGCCCUAAAUCACCGCAAGCCCGGCCCUGCCAGUUGCCUGUGGUUGCUCCGACGUCAGGCCACAACAAAAAAACCAACAGAGACAUCCACUCCGAUGCUCAGUGCAGAAGGGCAGCAGCGGGAGGUGCGGUUGAGCCACACAACCAAGUUCCAGGAGUAGAUGAAGACCUUCAAAAUCACCAUGGUAAUAAAAACCAUGGCAUCGUUCAUGGGAAUGACGAAACCUACUCUCGAAACCCUGAUCUAGACGAGGACUGCUAUCAAGUACUGCAAGAUACCCACGUUUUGGAUGAUGUGAGAGACUCAAGCACCGCUGACCAAGAUGGGUGCACCGUAGAACUCCCGAUACCUAAUAGAAAAAUCCGGCCGAGCUGGGACUCGAAAGUUGAGAGGACUCUGCACUCGAGUCCAGGCUCACGUUUGGGGAGAGAAGAUGAAUAUCAUUUAGUACAAUCUGAAACUGGUCACGUCGCCAGAGAUAUUCCCCAGAAAGGAAUAUUGGGAGCCCGCCGAGGCAUCUUCAGAGGAGGGAUGGCCAAACUCCUGCAAGGAGUCCAAGAACAACAGCAGGACGCGUCAGGCGAGGACGCUCCUGUAGACACCAUGCCAAUCCUUCCAGGAACCCAGUCCACAUCAGGAUGAAACAGGGGGAUAUUAUGGAAUAAGAAGAAAACCUGUGUUUACUUUACCAAAAAUAAGGCUUUGGUUAAAUUAAAGUUUGACUGUUAAUUUAUUACUCCAUUUAAAUGAUUUUCUUAUUGCAGGUUAAUAGUUAACCCAAGUGACUCAUGCACUACUGUAUGUUCAUCGUGAUCACAGAAAUGUUAGCAAGGGUAUUUUUCAAAUUUAUAAGGCCCAUUUAUGCGGAUUAUUUUGACACAAUAUCAGUAAAUAAAAACAUCAUUGUAUAUUCUUUAACUUUAAUUUAAUUUAAAAACUGGCCUAUUUUCGAUGACAUGAUAUAUUUAGGUUGGAUUUACAUUUUCUUGGUUCCAGAAACUUAUACUUAUUCCUGAUUCAUAAUAAUUUAAUUAUUGGAAUCUAUUCUUUAUUGGUUGCGCUUUCCUCGCUAAGUUUGAAAUUAUUUACGAAAUUCAGAAAUCCAAGAGGGUUUCGUUAUUAAACCUUGAAUUUUACGUACGAGACAGUGAGAGAGUGAAAUUUUCCUCCAUAGAGUGCUUCCUUCUAAUUAAGACGUGUUAGAAUGAGACAUAUUGUUGUUGAGGUUGCAGUAGAGCGAACAAAGUUUUGAAUUUUAUCGCAUAUAUAUUAAGCUUAUACGGUAUAUAUACAUCGUAUUCUGAACCAAACUCUGCUGAGCUUAUGAGCCUUCAACUAGACGCAUGUUACUAUAGGCUUCUGCCCGUUCCGCGUUCUGAUUCAACGUAUGAGCUCAUUAUGUUAAAAAUGGGAUGAAUUUAUUAGAAAAAAAUAUAACUCAGUACUCACUGCAGUGAG